AUGGCUUACAACGAUGACUCGGUCCUGGCGCGACUCUCCUCCCUUAACGAGAGCCAUGACAGCAUCGCGACCGCAGCUCAGUGGAUAAUGUUCCAUCGGCGUCAUGCGGAUAGAACGGUUCAGCUCUGGAUGCAACGCUUGAAGGAUUCGUCCAGUACCAAACGACUGAGCUUGAUUUAUCUUGCCAACGAGGUUGUUCAGCAGUCGAGGAUACGGCAUAAAGAGGAUUUUGUCAUAGCAUUCUCCCCCGUUGUCGCCGAGGCCUCGGCUACGGCAUACAAAGGUGCUCCCGCGGAAAUACAGGCGAAAUUGCGCCGUGUCAUAGAUGUUUGGAAAGACAGGUCCAUCUUCGAAGCUCCUAUUCAGGAAGCCAUUCAUGCGCGGCUAGAUGAAAUCGAUAAAGCCCGAGGCGUUCCGCUCUCUGGCUUUGGGGUAUCUCCCUUCAAAGGUGCCUCGGUGCCACCCGAGUUUGCUCCUCUGGUUACCGCUCACCAAAAGAUCGUGAAACUCAACCGCACUUCACAGACGACCGUAUCGUCCGCCAUCCAAGAAUAUGACAGCCAGGUGGACCCGGAAGCGCCCGUCCCGUCAGCGCCCGUAUAUGCAGCUCGUCUCAACGGUCUAUUAAAAACACUAGUAAAUGCAGACAAUGCAGUCGCUGAAUGCGUCAAAGCCCGCGAAGCCCUCGUGGCCGGGCUGGAAAAGAUGCUCGAGGUUCACCGGUCUGCCUUGGUGAACGAGAAGAAGACAUCAGAAGAUAUACUCGAACGGAAGACGAAGAUUGAAAAUCAAAAACAGGAGGUGGAGACGGCCAUCAUGCGUGCCUUGGGGCCACCAGAGAGCAAUGGGGCAAUGGCGGGGAGUGACUCUGGAAGCCCUCAUCCCGAACCAGAUCGGCCGGAGAUGGAAGCGCUCACCCCCCCUCCGUUGCAGGAUGAUUCUGCCGCAGGGCCGUCAGAAGGACUUGAUGUGGCCGAUGCCGUGUCAGCACCUGGCAACAACAUGGAUAUGAGCCAAGAACAUGCACAGCCACAUCGCGCAAUGCCCGAAUCUGCCAACGGACCCAACAAGAGACGACGCAUAGACGACACAGGAGACUUUAUUGAUCUUGGUGGUGACGAUGGCAUAGAACCUGAAGUGGCGGAGAUGCUGCAGGAUUCGCCUAGUGUAUGA